GUAGGCAGAGGCCUUAUAAGACGUUUCUUAUAAGUUAUUCUCUUUAUCGCCUUAUUUACCGCUUUAAAUUAGGCACAAUAAUCUAACACUGGCACUUAAUAAUUCAGUCCAUAUCUGUGCUGAACGAUUUUAGGCUUUACAGGCCUCGGUCUAGUCUCAGCAGGUACCUGUCUACAGAGUGCUCGCCCCAGGCAGUGUUCAGGAAUUCUAAAUUGCUCUUGUUUGUUACGAGUUUGAAUUUUUAAUUGGCUUUAUUCGUCUUAUUGUUUGCUAAACUGCGUGGGUAGACUGCUAUACAUAAGAAAAUGUUUACGCUUUUUUGCAGUUUCAUAUUGUUAAUGUUAGGAUUUCAUGGUUAGUUAUAUUUCCUUCAUAAAUAAACGGUGUGUAUUGGGAGAAAGAAAACCGAAAAUUUUAAAAUGAAAAUCUUGUAGGAAUGAAUAGGUACUAGAUUUUCAUAGCUAAGCAAACGGAAAUAAGGUUAAAUUUUCUAUUGAAAUGUAUGUGAGUAAAAUAGCUUCACCCUACUGCUCAUGAGGGUAGUGUUGCCAUAGUAGUAGUUAUUUGAUCAAUAUUCGGACCUGACAACUCGAAGGCAGUAGCUGAAGAAUCCUAAUAAGUAUUAUAUUCGACGUGUAUUUUCGCUCUGUCUACGCAAAAUGGAAAACCAGAACCAGCCAUCACGUCCAGUGGGUCGUCAGGAGUCAUCCACAGAUCCAGUUAAAGAACAAGGGAUAUUGACUGCCUUGACUCGUAAAGAACGAAGUGCCGCUAAAUUGUGGGACAAACGAUGGGGCUUCUUCGGACAAGUUCAGCAGAUCCAAGAGGAGGAAGCUCUCAAGUUAGGCAUGUCACUAGAAGAGUAUCGCAGAGGCGUGCAGUCGCUGAACUGCCAGCCCGCGCCGAGGCAGUACCCGGUGCAGGUGGACCCCUCGCCGCAUCCCUUGCCGAGGGUCUCCAGCGGCAUGGUGGGUCGUCGCGCGACAUGUCCGCUGGAGCGCUACGGGCGGCUCGUGAAGACAGCGCGGGACUACCCCAUGCGCCCGCUCCCCCCACCUGGCCAGGCUUAUGAUCCGUACAAGCAGACCAUCAUCUUCUUGGGGAUCGACGUGGGAAACCCCAUAUCAUACAAGCUGCCGCCGGCCAGCAGUGACGUCACGGAUGAGAUGUGGGCCCGUCCGCAACACGUGGCGGUCACACCGUUCAGUGAACAAGUCUUCAGUGCAGUUAGUAAUGCUAGGGGAUAUUAGUGAUGUGAUGAUAGAGUGU